AUGUUACAAGCGCUCGUCCCUCUUUCCGCCGGCCUCUUGACCCUGGUGGCACCGGCACUCGCACGACCAGAACUGCCCUACAAUCCGACGCGGAUCGUGCCAGCGCAAAAUGGCUCGAUUGUCUACAUCUUCUCGCCGCAGCCGUCUGCGACCCAUCAGUUCGCCCUUUCCUGGCUCAAUACAUCUGAGACUGUGAACUCCAGUUCGCCGAGAACUGCCCCGUUUGAAACCCUACCGUUCCUAUCCGAGUCGGAGCCACGCGCAUUUCUAACGCUCCCUCCGGACGAUGAAGGCUUCUCAGUAUUAGUCGGCGAUUGCAACGACCCUACACAAGAUCUGGAAUUAUGGAGGUUCAUGUUUGACACCAAUUUCAGAAGUGGCGUAUGGAGUACGCCAGCGCUUGAUACAGAUGAUGAGUCCUUGAGCCUGAAUUACCUCUCCGCCGGCUUCACGUUCUCUCCGACGAACUCACUCGACAAUGUCUCUCUGUACAUUUUCGGGGGCAUGUGUCCUGACAAUAAGUCUCCCGACGCCAGCAGUUGGAUCUCGGAUGCGGCUUAUUCGAACACCAUGCUUACCUUCGCACAAGGCCAUAUCACGAACGACGACCGGCCUUAUACUGUCUCAUUGACCGGGGCAAGGGCUCCGCCGGUCGCAGAAGCGGGCUUGACCAUAACGCCACUGGUGCCAACUUCCUCGAACACUUCGGAAAACACGGUAUCGCAGCAGCAGAACUUCGCCCUUAUCGGCGGCCACACGCAGAAUGCCUUCAUCAAUAUGUCGCAGUUAGCUAUCUUCUCCUUACCCCAGGAAUCGUGGGCGUUCGUCGAUGUGACCCAAGGGAAGCAUACGGUUGAACCACGAUCCGGCCAUACUGCGAUCCUGACCGACGACGGGUCCAAGAUAGUGGUGUUUGGAGGUUGGGUUGGCGACAUCAAUACCCCUGCGCAACCACAACUGGCCGUCCUGAACAUAGCUCGAGAAUAUGGUGGCGAGGGGGAUUGGGCUUGGACGGCUCCUUCAUUGAAAUCCAGUCCGCUCGAUGCUGACCAGGGCAUUUACGGUCAUGCCGCGACAAUGCUAUCUGGAGGCGUUAUGAUGGUAACUGGUGGCCAGUCGAUAGCUCCGUCUGGAUACCAGAAGAGACGCGAUCUCUCGCAUAAUAUCUCCUUCCUCAACACCACAAGCUUCGAGUGGACCGAUGUGUACACGAACCCUCAUUUUGCCGGCUCAUCGUCCAACCCCACAAGCGCCGCACCAUCCACUUCAGGGCUGAAGACCUCGGAGAAGGCAGGAAUAGGCGCAGGCGUCGGCCUUGGCGUGGCAGCAGCCGCAGUGGUCGCCAUAGUCUGGCUUCUAUACUCACGGAAACUCAGGGCAAAACGCGCUUUGCGCGAAAAAGAACUUCGUGAACUAGCUCUUGGUGCUGAGCGAUAUCAUUCACCACUCCCACCCGGUGCAGAUGACCCGGGAUAUUCAAGCAUGCGAAGCGCCAGUUGGGCUGCUGCGCAAGAAGCAACGAUUGGAAGCGCGAAGAACCCCUUUCCGUGGAUACCUGUGGUCAUGGCCAGUCACAACGACCAGCAACGUCCCACGACUGCGGAUAGUAAGAUUAAUAGUGCCCGACACGCCGAGCGUACUGGCGUGCAAAUGGAAUUACCAAGUCCUACAAGGGGCUUGAGAAAGGGAGUGAAUACAAGGGGACCCCCAAUAUAUCACCCAUUCAAUCAACAUCCACCUACAGGUCCAGGGGCAGUCUUCCGCAUCGAGGAAGAGGACGAGCGCAGCCACAGCGGGUCUCUGAAACGGGCAAAGACUCCCAGGGCGGCCACCGACAACUGGUCGAUUGGAAGUAAUCCGUUCAAAGACCCACCAGCCAUUCCGGAAGAUGCUCCUCGGGACGAAGCUGCCGUACAACGGAAGAAGGAAGUGGAAGAAUGGGUUGACGAUUGGCAGUCGGCUGCUGAAAGUAUGACCGUGUCGAGAAGCCCAAGCAAGGCCCAUAGCAGAACAUACUCGAAUCUUUCGCAGUCCCGCAACGCUCCAGCCUCCAGAGAGGUGGGUGGUCGUGGGUCGCCCGAGAAGUCUGACAGAACCGGGAGUAACAUCUCGGAGAAGAGCAUGACGAGCAUUGCGUCCUUCCAAAGAUCGGUGGCUGGCACUUUGUCGCGCAAUGUCUCUCAGCGAAGUGCCAGCGCGGGUCAUGCGUUGUUCUCAAGUCCCGCGGCAGCUAUGGGCCGAUUCGGGUUUGGCCGACAAGGCGCUGCCGCUCACGAUGGCGAAGCAGGCCUUUCUCGAGCGCCCUCGAAUCGCAGCGUGUCGCUCAAUUUUGACACCACUCGGGAUAUUUCUGCUUGGGAUGGUCCAGACACGCUCGCCGCUGCUCGCAGUAGGUGGGCGCCGUCGGCGGCGGGAGAGGAUCAGUCUCUUCUCAACCGUGGCGACCAGCCUCGACAAAGCGAGGAGCGCGACUACAAUACGCUCCAGGGCAGCCCCAGCAAAGACAAAUAUUCGCGGGCGGGCAGCCUCACAAACACCAGCCGAAGGGCUCUGAACCUUCUGGGAAGCGUGAGGCGCGUCUUCACUGGGACUGGCGGGGUUGACGUUCAAGAUCGAGUGGCGGCUUUUGAGAGUGGAAGUGGACAACCCAGUCCGACAAAGCAUUCGCAACCUCCCGAAAUGACCGAGACAAGUCCGCAAAGGAAGCUUAGUGGAGGAGCAACCUCGUUCUGGCGCAGCAAACAAGGAGCCAAGGACUGGGAGGAUGAUUUGCCAGGUUCGAGUCAUACCGGACCGUCGUCCACAGUCCGCCGGAAACCCGUUCCCGGGCUGAUACUGGACGAUGGCGAUGGCGAACCCUUGAAAGACGACGACUGGGACGUGGAAACAGCUGUACAGCAGCGACUUGUCCAGGUCAUGUUCACCGUUCCUAAGGAGAAGCUGCGUGUUGUCAAUGUCGAUUCCUUGAGUCUGCUGAGCAGUAACAGGAGCGAGGUUGACCAGGACGAGGACAAAGAGAGGGACCAGGUGAAAAGGAUGAGCAGUGUCAGGGAAGGGGAUGAAGACUACCAUGAUGACCAUGCUGACGAUGAUACGGUAAAGGGCAAAGGGAAGGCGAGGGCGCUUUGA